ACUUGCCUCAACUCCGACUCUUCCAACUCUAUCAUAUCCAUAACCUCACCCUGCAGGCUCCAAGGCGCACCGCCAAAGGCUAUUCCGCCGCCCGCCACUCUGUUCAUGACACGUCGCGACGACUACAUAAUGGGCUGAGCCUGCUCUGCCGACGGCCCUCCCCUGCUCCUGACUUCCUCAACUUUCCUCGGCAUUUGCCUGCCUGCGUCAAUCAGCUUAUCGCCUCUCGUCAACCCCCUUCCUCGAUAGACGCGCGACCCGACCCCUCCACGCGAAAGUGCACCCCGCAUACUGCAACUGUGCCGCAUUCUUCAACUCGCAUCGCGACGAGCUGCAUGAGGAACCGCGACCGACUGGUUCGACGCUGCCCAUCAUGUAGGCAUAUCUCCCUCUCUGUUCCCGCCACCUUCCCGCCUUCGCCUAUUCGCACCCAGACCCCGGUUGUCCCUGCGAGCUCUCAGAAAUGCCAUCAUGUUGAGCGAUGCUUUGUGGUCACGUCUUUCUCCUCCGCCUUUCCAUCGUCAUAUCGCAGCAUUGCUUCGUCUCCCCCCUUGGUCUAUUUUGGCUCGUUAUUUUUCUCCCUCUUAGUGCAACCUAUUCUGAUCGAGUCCUUCUUGCGAGGCGUUAAGGGACGGCAGCGAGCUGGACAGGGAGGCAGACAGCAUGGCUGACGAGAAGAGACAGCGGCGCAGCGAGCUUGCCAAGCUCCAAGAAGAGCUAGGCCCGUACUUCCAAACGAAGCCGUCGCCGCGUCGCGAGGGCAGCAUGUCGCAGCGCAACAACCGCAGCGGGCGCGGGUCCGGCCGCAACGGCGGGGGCGGCAGCGGGGCCCACCAGCAGCACGGCGAGGAGGUGCAGAUCUGGGAUGGGUGCAAAGCGCAGAUGGCCGAGAUCGUCCAGGGCAUCAACGCCGAGAACGACUCGCUCGGCGAGCUCGUCGACAUGGACAAGCGGGUGGGCGCCAUGGACCCGGACCGCAUCCCUGGCGACUCCCUUAAGCAGAUGGAGCAGCUGUGCCGCAAGGGCGUCAAGUUUAGCGAGGCCAACAUCGCGAGCCUCAAGAGCGUGACGGAACAGCUUAAGAUCCUCAAAGCCGUCGUGGUGGCGAAAGAGCAGUCGGAGACGGCGGCGACGGCCGGGCCGAGCAAGCGGACGGCCUCUACGAGGGGGGAGAGCGCGGCCGCAGCCGCUGCUGCUGCCGCGGCGGCGGCGUCGUCGCUGUACGACUUUGACGGGGCGGGAGACUCGCCGGUGCCGAGCCCCAUCGGCGGCGAGCGGGGCGAGCGCGACCGGUCAUCGAAGCGCCACGGCGGGGGAGACCGGUCCAGCAACCGCGACAGGGACAGCAUGCCGCCCAAGGCGGACAGCGUGGAGCCACCGACGUCGGUGUCGGGGGGCGGCGCGGGCAACACCAACAAGUCCAAAGUGGUCUUUUCCAAGGGCGACGCAGUGGCGUUUAAGCCCAAGGCGGCCAACGGCGAGCAGUCGUCGGACUGGAUCCUGGGCGAGGUGGCGGCGGUCAUGGGCGAGGGUAAAUCGCGGCGCUACAAGGUGCUGGACAUUGAGCCCGACGAUCAGAGCAAGCAGAAGGAAUACCGGUCGAGCGCGAGCAGCAUGAUUGCCAUUACGCCAGAGAGCCAGGCGGGCAGCCUGCGCGACUGGGACUCGGGCAAGGUGGUGCUGGCGCUGUACCCGCAGACGACGACGUUUUACAAGGCCGAGGUGGACAGCAUGGCCGAGGACGGGCGGGUCAACCUCCGGUUCGAGGGCGAGAACGACUCGACGAUGCUGCAGCAGGUGGAGCGGCGGUUCGUGAUUGAGUAUCGGGCGUGAGGACAUGGUGUCUCAUGACGGAUGGCGAGGGCUUUGGCUUCGUGUUUGCGUAUUGAAGGCGGGGUGGCCAUGUCUACUUGCUGGGUGUUUUACGGCGUUUUGUAUUGAUGCCCGGAGUGCGGAGGCAUUCCCAGUAUAGGGAUUUGGGGGGAGUGGCUUUUGAUGGUGAUUGCUUUAUGUGUUAUACCCAGGAGUUGGUAGAGAACGUGGGCUGCCUAGUAGGUAUGGGUAUCUCGCCAGGCAUGGAGAUGUAGCUGCAAAGAGUUGUAUUUUUUUGUGUCUCUAUUCUAUGUCUUGCCAUUGGGCCUUCAUAUGGCUCGCCGAGCAUGAUGUCGGAGUGCGUGUGUUGCAUCAUUUUGGUGAUGGACCGCAGGCGCGGCCAACUAACAAGUUUCCC